AAUAUUAAUUUAAAAUAUUUUGACUGCACACAAAAUUAGUUUAAUGUUCACAGAUAAUAAAGAAUUCAAGUUUUAACUUUUGAACUUUAACUAGUGACAGUGUUUGUAAUACCAAUUAUUUUAAAGCCUACUUCACAGGCUGUAAAAUAACUGGUAGGUGUGUGAAAUUUAGUUCCAAUUUCCUUUCAUGAUGACUAGUCUGAAGAAGUCAUCAUGAAAGUUUAUUUUAUUAGGGUAAUUUUUAAUGAACUUCUUGAAGUUUGAAAGAGAAGAGUGAAAAAUAAUUUUUCAACCAUUACCAUUUUAUACUCUACAACACAGGUUUUCAAACUUAUUUCGACCUCCGCCCACUUUGAGAUUAAAAAAAGUCUAGUGCCCCCAUAUUUUUAACUUACCUUUUUACAUUACUAUCUAUUGCAUAUCUUAAAAACAGUUAUUGCAAAUAUAAUGUUUAAACAUGCAUUAUUAUGGGUUGAUGCAAAAGUUAGUCCCGUUUUUAACACCAACUGGCUAAAAGCGCAACACUGAAGUGUUAUUUCUUUCACAUGUGUAAAAUUUCCACGUUGUUUGACAGAAGGGAUCUCAGCUAGUAUUUGAGAAUAAAGUUGUCUUACUUAGUUGUGUUUUUAAAAUUUUGUUAAGCAUUACAAAUGGCAGAAAAUAAGGAGCAUUUUCGACAUAUUAUGCUUUUUUAUUUCCGAAAAGGCAAGAAUGCUUCGCAGACACAAAAAAAGAUAUGUUCUGUGUAUGGUGAGGGAGCCAUUGAUGAUUCCACGUGCCGUAAGUGGUUUAGAAAGUUUCGUGAAAGCAAUUUUAACCUUAGCGAUGCACCACGUUCUGGACGACCAGCCGAGGCUGAUGACGACAAAAUAUUGGCACUAAUUGAAAGUGAUCGACACAAAACAACUCGAGAGAUUGGAGAAAUUCUUGGAAUCAAUCAGUCAACAGUGUCAAGGCGAUUACAUCAACUUGGAAUGGUAAGCAAGGCCGAUGUAUGGGUGCCGCACGAGUUAACAGAAAAAAAUUUGAUAGACCGAAUUUCUGCUUGCGAUUCUCUAUUGAAGCGCAAUGAAAUUGACCCAUUUUUAAAGCGAAUCAUUACAGGUGAUGAAAAAUGGAUUGUGUACAAUAAUGUUAAGCGUAAAAGAUCAUGGUGUAAGCACGGAGAUGCCCCUUCAACCAGCGCAAAAGCCAGUUUACAUCCAAAGAAGGUUAUGCUAUGCAUUUGGUGGGACUGGAGGGGAAUCAUUUAUUAUGAGCUGUUACCUGAAAAUCAGACCAUUAAUUCAGAGAAAUACUGUUCACAACUAAGUGAAUUAAAGCGAGCAAUUGACCAGAAGCGACCUGAAUUAGCCAACAGAAAGGGCAUUGUGUUCCAUCAAGACAACGCUAGACCACACGUGUCUUUGGCCACCCGACAAAAACUUUUACAACUUGAUUGGGAUGUUUUGGUCCAUCCACCAUACUCUCCUGACCUUGCACCCUCUGACUACCAUUUAUUUAGAUCACUUCAAAACAGCUUAGAUGGUAAAAACUUUACUUCCUUGGAAGACUUGAAAAAUCACUUGGAUCAGUUUUUUAGCCAGAAAUCUCAGAAAUUCUAUGAGCACGGGAUUAUGCAGCUACCAGAAAGAUGGAGAAAGGUCAUCGAACAGAAUGGCACAUACUAUAUUGAUUAAAUGUAAGUUUUAGUAAAUAAAAUUUUUCUUUGAUUCUUUUAAAAAAAACGGGACGAACUUUUGCAUCAACCCAUAUAUGGAUAGGGUAGAUAGGGUGUGACCCAUAUCCUAUUUCUGAGAUCAAAGAAUGUUUCGAUGAGAAAAAUAAAACUCAUAUUUAAUCACUGAGCCUUCUACUGCCCCCCUGAAAGCCUCCAGUGCCCACUUUGAGAAACGCUGCUCUACAAUAAUUCAUUUUUAAUUUAAAUGUGAACAUUUGAUGUUGAAUCAUUGUGAAAGAUAGUUUGAACAAAUAAUUCAUAUCAGUAAAUUGUAUUCCUAUUUGUUUUGAUAUUUCUUUAUGCAAAUUGAAUGAGCAGAUGGUAUGUUUAUAUAAUUCCUGAAAUAUUAUAUAUUAAAUGAAAUAUCAAAAAUAAAACCUUGUCAUAAUGUUAGAGUAACCAAAUGUUAAUAUCCAU